GAAUCUGUUUUUCGAAUAUGAAUAUUGAGUUUAGAUAACUGAGGUUAGGGUGUAUUUUUCCAUUUACGUGUUUCUUAACCACACAAAGAGUGCACAUAUCUUCUGAACACCUAGGUUUGCAAACAGGUACACAAGAGUUUGACAUGGAGCACUGUAGUCUUUUGAAGUGCAUUUAUUUGUUGUUUAACUUUGACAAAAAAAGAAUCACAUUCAAAGCGUGUCAUUGUCUCUGGGCCUUACUUGUGGAGCUUUAACAGUUUGGAUGUAUAAAAAUAAGAUUUUAUCUCGUUUUAAUUUGUUCUGUUCAACAAGCAAAAGACAGGAAGAGAUCAGGAGGUGAAAAAAGGUGUAAAGACAUCUGUACUUCAGCAGAGUUUUACAGUAUAAAUGGCACAGCUUAACGAUCAGAGUGGCAGGAGUAGAGGUGUAAAGGACGUAGAUGUGACCCCAACUCAGAAGGAAGAGCAGAAGUAUAAGAUUUACGUGCCAAAUGAAUGUGACGCCUCACAUCAUUCGGAAGAAAUCCCAUUCACUCAGAGUGCUGAUAAAACAACACAAACACACUUUCUUCGGCUAGAUCACCAGAGUCCUCAACCAACUCAGAACAGACCCUCUGUGCUCUGCUCCACCUCUCUGCUACCUCUGGAAUGCAAUAGUAUUUCUCAGAUCUCACCUAAAAAGUAUGAGUCAGCAGUUAAAAGUGGCAAAAAGGAGUAUGAGUCUGAUCAGACUGAUCAUCACAAAAACCCCAGCACACAUAUGAACAGCUUUAUCCAGUCAAACGUGAUAAACUCUCUGUUUGUCAAUGGUCGUUGUCACUGGCCUAAUUGUGACGAAGCCUUCAGAGAGUAUUCUGUUUUCAUGAAACACCUGAACAACAGACACAGCUGGGGAGAAAAAACAAUUGCACAGUGGAGGGUGCAAGAAGAAAGGGUGCGCCAGAUGGAGAGUCAGCUUGUUAAGGAACGACAGAAGCUCCAGGCCAUGCAGCUCCAUCUAAGACGGACUGAACACCCAUGCGCGGGUGUGUGUUGUGUGCCGCUCUGUCAGAGAGCAGCUCUAGGCUGGUGGAGGCCGCUGGCACUGCCUGCACCCCCGUCUGAGGAGCCAGAUGGAAGUGUAGAGUGGGCCAUCGAUGCCACAGGGCGCCAUGAAUACUGGCCCACAGCCACCUCCCACCUACUGACAGAUUUUGUCAACAGUAUGGAAUGCUACAAAUAUAUCAAUAUCAGACCUCCAUAUACUUAUGCUUUUCUUAUUAGAUGUUCAAUACUGGAGGCAUCAGAUAAGCAAAGAGCUCUGAAUGAGAUCUACAGCUGGUUCAUUCAAAGAUUCUUUUACUUCCGUCACAAUACUCCCACAUGGAAGCAGAACGCAGUCCGUCACAACCUCAGCCUUCAUAAAUGUUUUGUGCGGGUGGAUGGAGGAAAAGGUGCUGUGUGGACUGUGGAUGAGACGGAGUUUCAGAAGAGAAAAGGACAAAGGUUUAACAGGGAUUCUUUGAAAUGGAUGACUCAUUUCUCUCAUCCUCCCAAAGUGUCCUAAGGUUUCCUGAUGGCAUACAGUGAAAAGCUGUUACCCACAAUGGUGUUGGACGGUGAUAGCUUUUUUUUUUUUUUCAUUCUUGUUAAUUCUAAUUUGUUUUAGUGUGACAAACUGACCAUCUACAGUCAAGUCUUUUGACCAUAUCUAGUAUUUCCUAUUGUAAAAUGACAGUAAAUAAAAUACAUCAUUAAAACAGGUUCUGUGCAUUUUGUUGCAAAGAUUGAAAUAGUUUUUUUCUACUGACACAUUUUAUGCUUUUAAGCAUUUAUUUCUGCAAAGAAACAAACAUCAUCUGCCAAAUGAAUAACAUUUAAA